AUGCAACCCUCCUUCGGGAGGUUUCACUCUCUCCGCAGCGCUUCUGGGGAGAACUUGAUUGCUCGCUUGACACCGAAGUCAGCUCUUGAGGUUCUGGAUACUGAUGUAGCGUACUGCGCAUCUCUGCGCGAUGUCGCUCGCCAAGCGAAAGUGCGGGGGAGAGAGAAACCCCCGUCUGUAGAACUGCUUGCUCUUCUUCUCGCCAUACCUUCCACCGUUGCAGAGAUCCUUCGAACUGAAGGAGAGCUUGCAUGGAGUGGAGAGCAUCCCGGGAAGCACUCUAGUGCAUUACAACUCACGUGCCAGGACCGCUCGGGUGUCGAGCUAAAGAUCACUGUCGCCAUACACCGGAUCCCUGCGAAAAAUAUCUUGAAAGAGAUGCAUGAAGCGCUCUUCUCUGCUGUAGCAGCCUUGGAGGCAGUGGUGCGGGACGCCAGCGGAGAGAAACAUUCACAUGUCUUGACGGAAAAGGACCGAUCAAAGCCAUCCCUGUUAACCGUCAAGACUGCGUCGCAUCCACUAGAGAUUCAUGGGCAAGCUGUCGAAACACGGGCUGUAUUUCGCAGAGCUGCAGCUGCAGACGCAAAUGUGCGAGACAAUAGGGCGUUCGUGAUUGCAAACGCUGCUGCGAGGGCACGAGCAGAACUUUUGGAACAGCGCCGGGCGAGAAAGGCGGCUGAGAGGCAAAAGAAAGAGCACGAGAAGCGGUUGCUGAGGAAUGCAAAGCGUAAGCAUGAAAUGAUAAAAGCGUCAAAAGGCAAGCCAGCUCUAAUCGUGAAGCGCCGCAAGAAGAGCCUUUUCGAGAUUCAAGACGACGAUGCGCCCGGCGUACCAGAAGCUUCGAACUCGGGAGCUGCAAAGCUAGAUGUGACUGCACCAUCGAAACAGAAUGCUCAUGACCGGAUGAGCCCUGUUACAGCAAAGCAAGAGGCGAUUCCUAUCAGCAGGGAUAUAGGAAGGCAGCGGGCGUCCCCGCUUACAUCUGCUGGCCAGGCUGCUGCUGCGAAUGAAGAAUCUGACGUUACCGGAAGACCCGAGCCGGUACCAUCCGCAGCGCAACUACCUCCCAAGAGAAAGAAAAAAAAAAAGGUCAGAGCACUUGUAUGAAACCUUAGGCACAGAUCAGCACGCUACGCACCAGAGCGUAACGUCUCUUGAGCAAUUUUUGUUAAAGUACAUAUGAUCCCUU